AUGGAUAAAAAUUACUUUGUAAAAAGUAAAGGUAAACCGAUGAGGGGCUACGUUCAAGUGGACCUGGCCGCUUUGGCAGUUAUCUCUAGCAGUGAGGAUCUAUAUACAAAUCAAGUUAUUGGAGUCCAUUUACCCGAGGAGACUGCAGCGGAGGAUUGCAGAUUUCAAAGCACUAGGACGUGGCCAUCUCCGACAUUGCGACCGAAUCAUCAGGUUCAACAACUCCAGCUGUAUAAAGAGACUUCAUUCAUAAGGAAGCUUCAAAGAGAAAAAGAGAGAUACUGCAAGACCGUCUACCAGGGCGUAUUACCAUUUACGGAAUGUACUCAAGCAUUCAAUUCAACGACAUUCAUUCGGUCUUGGGAUCCCGAUCCUUUAAAUAUUCUAGGAAACGAUACGAUAUCGGUUAUCGAUUGGUUAAACCAGGGAAACGAUACCGAAAAUGGUAGUUUAAGUUCUUCGGAGCCCCCUUUAACGUCGGUUCUUCCGCCUUUUGAGCUGUGGCAGACAAUAUUCAUAGCCGUAUGUCUCGGUAUAUGUAUUAUAUUAACGGUAGCCGGAAAUGUUUUAGUACUUCUCGCAUUUAUUGUGGAUCGAAGUAUUCGACAGCCCAGUAACUAUUUUAUAGCCUCGCUGGCGGCCACCGACAUGCUUAUAGGAACAGUUUCGAUGCCGUUUUAUACGGUCUACGUUCUUAUGGGGUAUUGGGACCUGGGACCGUUGCUGUGCGAUCUAUGGCUAUCGGUGGAUUAUACAGUGUGUUUAUGCUCACAGUACACGGUGUUGCUGAUUACGAUUGACCGAUUUUGUUCCGUCAAAAUAGCCGCUCGUUAUCGUAGUUGGAGGACCAAAAAUCGGGUCCUUUGGAUGGUGACCAUCACGUGGAUUAUACCUUCGCUUCUGUUUUUUAUAAGUAUUUUUGGCUGGGAGCAUUUUGUCGGGUACCGGGAUUUGCUACCGGGACAAUGUACUGUACAGUUUCUAAAAGAUCCCGUUUUUAAUACGGCGUUAAUUAUUGGGUAUUAUUGGACGACGCUGAUAGUGCUUUUUAUACUAUAUGGAGGUAUCUACAAGACAGCGUACGAUAUGCAGAAGAAGAGUGAGGCGAAACAGCGCAAAAUGCAAUCUAUGGUUGCUCUUAGCGCAGGCGCGAUGUCAGGAAUGGCAGGGCGAGCUGCGGGCAUCGGUCUUUCCAAAACACAGAGCACUCUCUUAAGUCAGGAUAAGCCGCCUGCGGUUCUAGCAAACGCCCCUAACUGUCUAGCAGCGCCGCCUACUCAUCUGAAUCUUACCGUCAAAGAGGUGCAGCCGGGCGCAGGAUCGGGCGAUUCGAAUUCUAGUCAAAAAACCAACUCUUACAAAAGUAGCGGCACAACAACAACGGCAACCACAACCACGGCGGACUCACGAAAUUGCGAUCGUCGUAACUUAAGUCUUCCCAAUGCACAACUGGUUACGGAGGUCGAAAAAUCGGAACGAUCCAGCAGUCCGGCCUUCGAAUCCGACGAAGAUAGUACGACUCCAAAUACGCAACAGCAGCUCCAACAACAAAAUCAAACGAGGAAACGUUCUUCCAUGGUUGGAAUUUUGGUUCAAAGUAGCGCGCCACUUUACGCUUUUGACAAUAAAGCUAACGGCGGUAUACCUUCCUCAGGUAAGAACACCGCGGGAUCAAGACAAUCACAUUUGCAAAAGUCGGCCAGCGAGGACGUCUCAGUUUUACCUAAAAUCUUAGAGCAGAACUUAAUGGACGUAGACAACGUGCAAGGGGUAGGUGACCACUUAAUUGUUCCCUUACAACCGAAACCUUUGGAUGUUGCCAACCCUAAACCCGUUGCACCACCAAAGUCUCCGGAUAUGUCGCACAGAUCUCAAACAAUUAUAACACCCCCGCUUCAGUUUCAAAGCAGCCCCCCUGUAACGCAUAGUCCGCCCAUUUCAAGCAACUCACCCUCUUUGUCCGAUCGUCCGCGUACCCUGCAAGUUAAAUCUCUCGGAACGUACGAUGUCUUGGUAGGUCUCGACGGUGCCGAUCUCCGUUACAUGGACGAAAGCUCCAUAAUCGUACCCUCGCCCGUAUGCGAAAGUUCCCCUCCAUCGAGCAUUGCGCACGAAUCCCCCGCCCAUUCUAUUAACACUUCCGCAAACACUUCUUUGCUUCAGACGGCGCUACUACGCGCCACUUCACAAAUCGGCCCGGUUUCGAAAAAGGUAGAGACCGAGGUUACCAUUGCAGCCGAACGACCCAUCACGACGAUCGUUAGCGAACCCCCGACUUGCGACAAUCGCGAAAGUUGCACGGGCGAAAGCUCGCCGGUAUGCGGCAUGUCCACCGUCAGUCAAACAGAUAUCGAAGAAACAAAGAUUAGAAAAGAUUUUGUUCGAAACCUCGGCAAACGCCUAAAAGGGAAGAAAAGAAAAAAGGAGGGACCUUUCGGCGUACUCGGACGUCAAAAGUCAAAGUCGGAAAAUAGAGCGCGGAAAGCUCUACGGACCAUAUCGUUUAUUCUGGGAGCAUUCGUUAUAUGCUGGACACCUUAUCACAUUCUCGCCCUCGUCGAGGGAUUUUGUUCGGAGCCACCGUGUACCAACGAACAUUUGUUUAUGUUCUCUUACUUUCUCUGCUACGCUAACAGCCCAUUAAAUCCAUUCUGCUACGCACUCGCCAACCAGCAGUUUAAGAAGACCUUUACGCGCAUUCUUAAAGGAGAUCUUCACAUGACGUAAUUUACAUAGUUACCUAGCAAAUUUAGUAUAUACACAUAAUUAAAUUAGAACGGCGAUAACUGUAUAGUUAGGAAAUAUUCCAAUUGUCACGAAAUGAUAUUUUUUGUGCCUGGAGCACAACCAAGUCAAUAUUUAAAAGGACAAUAAGUAAAUUAUUAGCUCAUGUUUUAUAUUUUAACACGUCUUAGUAUAUAACAUGCUGGUGCAUGGGACCCAAACCUGUAAAUACGCAGUACCGUUUGUCAAUUUUUUCAUGGAAAUUGUCAAGCCGUAUAACCCACGGGUUCCUACCAGCAAAAGCCAUAUUUAUCUGUGGUAAAAUGAGAGUUUGCUGUACUGAGCCCUUCCAGCUCACUCACAUUUUACUAAAAUUGUUAACGGGCGGGCAAUCACGCAAACUGCUUGCUUGGUUGCGCACUCGUACGGUCAGUGAGAACAUUGGAAAGAUUUAGAUAAAUAUCACAAGUAUCCUGUGAUAAAACAAAUGAAUGCGAAUGCCAUUUUAUGUUCAAUUAUAAGAUCCCAGAGUGCAGGGAAUGGAAUGUAAAAUCGCAUCGAAAAAUUGAAGAUGUUACAUAUCAUUUAUUUUUACAAAAAUGUACCGUAUCAGUACAUUUGUAUAGAAGCUUUUGUUUAGAACACAAGUAUUGGAAAGUAUUCGUUAGUAACUCAGAUUGUUAGUAAACUAUUAGUUCGAGGUAGAAUAAUGGGAAAAAAGUGUCUAUACUUAUACCUACCUACCUAUUUGUAUUUGGUUUAGUCUUAUGCUUAUGAGAUAUGACUGAUGUAAACCUUUAUCUAGAAUUAGGUAUGCUAAAUUGGUUCUUUAAGUAGUUUUUCAUUUAUUAACAGAAACAUUGUAGUUUUUAUUUUUGACACCUUGCGAACACCUCCAGCUGUUACGCUUUGUAGUACAAAAGACUAAUCUCAAAAUAAAAAGAAAUGUGUACUUUU